AUUUCUAAUAAAAAAUUACAUGUUGGAGAUAGUUUGUAAAUAAAUAUGGGUAUAGAAAUAUCAAAAGAUAAUUUUAUUCAAAAAUAUUUUUGUGAUGAUUGGCGUCCUUUUUGGCCAACUAGUGUUUCGAAAGAGUGUGCAGUACCAAAACCAACUCCACUGAAACCAGAAGAUUUUCCUCCAGAAAUGCGGAAGAAUUUCAAACAUACUCCUGGGGUUGACCCACGGUUUCAACAAACGGAUCAAACCCUUCGAUGUUAUGUCAUGUACACAGAUUUUUAUCGUUGUCAGAAAAUUUUAGGAGCAGACAACAAACCUUGUGAAUGGUUUAAAGAAACUUAUAAAGCUAUAUGUCCCAAUGAAUGGAUUGAAAAAUUUGAUUACAGGCGUACUCGAAAACCUUCAAUAUUUCCUUGGCAUAAAGGAAUAUCUCAAGGAGAUUUACCAGGACAUUGUUACGGAGAUGAUUAUGUGGACAAGAAACAAUUUAUGUCAAAAAGAAUAACACACAAUUAAAAA